CUGCUCUCCCUCUCCUCAAAGGGAAUUAUCGAUAUAAUAAAGCAGUAUGGUUCAGAAUGGCUCGAUUUUUCAGGAGUAGCCUCGGCCAGUUGCGUACAUCCUGGUGAUGAAUGUCACAUAUAUCGGACGCCUCAUGAAGCUCCACCAGAGUCAGUACAAGUACUAGUGACAUGUCAUAGUUUAGUUCGAUUUGAUGAUGAUUUAGUUGGCGAUCCGUUAGAGAAAGCCUGCCUCAGCUGGGCGGAUUGGAAUUUAACAAAAAAUGAUACAGUGAUCCCGAAGAAAUCCAAAAUGCAGCCGUUGAAAAUUUUCCAUCGUUUUCAUUUUUGCUCAGCACUUAAAAGGAUGACGGUGAUUGCUGGCUACCUCUCUCCGGGGACCAAUGAAACCAGGCAUAUUGUAACGGUUAAGGGUGCACCAGAAAUGCUGGAGUGUAUGUAUGAAACAGUUCCCAAGAACUACAUUCAGACGUAUCGGCAUCUAACACGGCAAGGUGCGCGCGUCUUGGCCUUGGGUGUCAAAGAACUCGGCUCACUGAGUCAUCAAGAAGUAAAAUUUUAG